AUGCAAGCCGAUCUGUCUUACUCUUACUGGGCGGCAGGGCAUUCAACCAGCUCAGGGACUGUAGCAGAGAAGGCAGGCACCUUCGAGGAGAGGGAUGUAUCUGGGUGGGCCAAGGAGCAGCUGAAGGCGCUUCUAGUGGGCCUGGAACACCGCACCCCAACCGCAGUCAUCACUCUCACAGAGCUCAAGAGCUCGACAGGCGAAGCUCAUGUAUGGAUUGUACGAGGCAAAAGAAGGGCCGGCUUUGACCUCACACUUGAGGUUGCAUGGCGUGCUGCCAUGAUUGGUGGCAGUGCAGCGGAGGCGUCUGGAACACUGAGCCUGGCCAACAUCUCCCCAGAUGAGCUGGACGAAUUGGGAGACUUGAUCAAAGUUGCAGUUGUAGAGAGGGAUGAAGGAAUCAGCAGCGAUGCAGAAGUGACCCGGCCAGUGAAAAGCAUCGCAGACAAACUGCAGGAGCAGCUGUCAAAGCUUCAUCAGCUGCUGAAGGAGAGGUAGCGGUAGCUGAUAGCUUUAGCAAAAGUUUCUGCCGAUUUGACAGUGUCAGCGACUUCGGUUCAAGCACCCUUGAUUUGAAGGCUGUGAUUUCAUAUGCUGACAAGGCUGGUAAAAAUAAGUAUGGAGUCAAAAUAACUUGAGAAGGUUCCAAUGCUU